UACAGCGCUCCGACUCCGCACGGCAAGUCAUCGGACGUAGACUAUCGUGCCCAUUCAUGCGGCCUCCUCGAGCGACUCCUCAAACUGCGGAGUUGUGGGACCGGGAAUACGCGAUUUUUCCUCAUUUGCAAAUGAAUAUGUCGCGUUGGUAGACCUCUGGUCGGGGGGUUCAGCCGCGGGUGUUUGGGUUUAAAAACUCCGGGAUUCACCGCCUCAUUGGCCGCGUUCACCCCACACAGGAAGGUCCUGCCAAGCGCUCCCGUAUCGCGACUUGAAAGGACACAGCGAAUUCACCUACGAAGCCUUGAUUCUGAGGACAACAUGCCUCAGACGCCGCCGUUCACUGGUCAGCUGGGGACCAGUGGUUACAACAAGAACCUAUACCAGACAACGGAGGAGGGAUACGGUGGCCUGUAUUACCAUGACAACAACCUGGUGUCUGGCUCGCUGGAGGCCCUCAUUCACCACCUGGUCCCAAAUGUGGAUUACUAUCCAGAUAGGACGUACAUUUUCACCUUCCUCCUCAGCUCCCGUCUCUUCAUCCACCCACAUGAGCUCAUGUCCAAGGUGUGUCACAUGUGCAUGGAGCACCAGCGACUCAGCGACCCCCAGGCUGACAAGAUGAGAAUCAGGAAGAUUGCCCCGAAAAUCCUCCAGCUGCUGACAGAGUGGACAGAAACCUUCCCAUAUGACUUUAGGGAUGAGAGGAUGAUGCGCAGCCUGAAGGAGCUUACCCACCGGCUGGCCAGCGGAGAUGAGGUGUACAGGAAGGCAGUGGGUCAGAUGAGCCAAGGCCUGAUCCGGAGACUGACAGUGCUCAGUCAGUAUGAGGAGGCCCUGGUGAAGAUCAACGCCACGGCAGCUGAACGCCUGACGGCAUUGAAGGCUAAGCCCCAGGCGGCCAUCCAGAGGGACAUGCUGUCCAUCUGCAACGACCCGUUCACUGUCGCUCAGCAGCUCACACACAUAGAAUUGGAGAGACUCAGUUACAUUGGACCUGAAGAAUUCAUCCAAGCCUUUGCUCAGAAAGACCCACUGGACAACAAUAUGAGUUGCUUCAGCGAUCAUAAAAAGGCCAGCAACCUGGAGGCGUACGUGGAAUGGUUCAACAGACUCAGCUAUCUAGUGGCAACAGAGAUCUGCAUGCCCAUGAAGAAGAAGCACAGAGCUCGAGUUAUUGAGUUCUUCAUCGAUGUAGCACGUGAAUGCUUCAACAUCGGAAACUUCAAUUCCCUCAUGGCCAUCAUCUCUGGGAUGAACAUGAGUCCUGUGUCUCGGCUGAAAAAGACUUGGGGAAAAGUCAAGACGGCAAAGUUCGACAUCCUGGAACACCAGAUGGAUCCUUCCAGUAACUUCUAUAACUACAGAACUGCACUGCGGGGAGCCACACAGAGGUCCAUCACUGCCAACAGCAGCAGAGAGAAGAUAGUCAUCCCUUUCUUCAGCCUCUUGAUCAAAGACAUUUACUUCCUCAAUGAGGGCUGUGUCAACAGACUACAGAAUGGACAUGUCAACUUUGAGAAAUUCUGGGAGCUUGCCAAGCAAGUGAGCGACUUUAUGACGUGGAAGAAGGUGGAGUGUCCAUUUGAGAAGGACCGGAAGAUUCUGCAGUACCUGCUCACUGCUCCCGUGUUCACAGAGGACGCGCUGUACCUGGCUUCAUACGAUAGCGAGGGACCGGAGAACAACAUGGAGAAGGACAGGUGGAAGUCUCUAAGGACCACUUUGCUGAACAGAGUCUGAAUCUGAAGUUGUGAUGGAGGAUCAUCUGACAAGCAGCCGUCGUCAUCGUGCAAACAAAAAUAUUCCCGUUUUGGAAGGGAAACGACAAUCUCCACUGGAGAGGACGAUAUUUUUUUGAGUGUUCCUCUGGCUCUCGACCUUUGCUUUCCCUUGUUCUCUCGCUCUUUGUGCUGUAUAUAUUUCAAGACGGCUGUUUUAUUUUCAUCUCUUUGUAUGGAUUUUCUUUUUUGAAAAGAAGAAAACGUUUCGACCAUCACAGCAAUGACCAGGGAUGUGCUUCUCUUGUCCAAAGCAUUUGCAGACCUACCAUUUGUUUAACGUACACUAUCGUCGGGUUUAUGGGGAAGCUAUCCACUGAAGCUAGGAGUUGGCUGCGGGUUCGGCCGGCUUGUUUCCUAACGGGUAGGGCAAGAAGCUUCCCUCUCUUCAGUAAACCAGCAUUUCUCUGUACAGAGAACACCUCUGAGCCUCGCACCUGCAACGCCGUUACUGGGUUUUGUAGUUUCACGUGUCAUUUAUAUGUUUGAUCCCCGAGUAUCUCUCACUCUGUGUUGUCGACAGCUGUCCUCUCUCCCUCUGCGGGUUCUCUUUUUUUGUGAUGUGUAAAAUGCGCUGGCUGCAAUUGGGAGGUGGUGUGUGUGUGUGUGUGUGUGUGUGUGUGUGUGUGUGUGUGUGUGUGUGUGUGUGUGUGUGUGUGUGUGUGUGCUGCUUAAAAGCCUUGUCACCCUCAAAACUCAAAACAGGAAGCAGCACUUACACUUUAUCAAUAGCCAACUCAACCUUACGGCGUGUUCCCGCUGUUGCAGAUAAUCAGUGUUAAAAUGACCUUCUGCUCUACUCCACCACCCCCCACGAGCCCCCCCCCCACGAGCCUGGCUUCCCCGUAAGUGAGCUGACUCGGUUUGGCCGUAGGUGGCGCUCCUCCCCUGAUCACACCUCCAGCCUGUCCAUAGAAAACUGUGUGGCUGUACUGCCACCUGGCGGUUGAAAGAAAGGUGAACGACUUCAAGUGGUUGAAUGAGUUAUCUGUCAUAAGUAAUGUGAACACAGAGGAUUUCUGUUUACUCCCUCUAAAGCCUAUGCUAAGAUCAUUUCCUCCUUAUGUAAACUUGUUUUUUUUUCAGAAUAUAAUUUCCUUCAUGUGUGUUUUAUUUAUAAAACUAUUGUCUGUGUAGCUGUAUUGUUUCAUUAUGCUGAUAUUUACUAUAAUUUAAUUUUGUACUAGGUACAUAACAUACUUAAGUAGUCAUCAGAUAUCAACCUAACUAUUUUUUUAUACAUGUUUGUUUGUAUUCGACACAUUCAGGGUACUAGCGCACUAUGAAGUUAAGCUGGUUGACUGAUGUCUAGCUUGCCUUGACUGGUUUAUUCUCCAACACAGAGUGCUGUUGUGUGGUUUACCAUGUAAAUGUUUUUUUGUUUGUUUUCCUUCUCCUGUGUUCGCCUGUUUGUAUUUGAACUGUUAAGAUGGACUAGAGGAACCAUUUAUAUAGUUGUGUUUUAAAGAGAAAGUGAAUAAAUGAAUGCUUUA